AUGGUGCUGACAGCCCCAGGCGAAGAGACCAAAAGCCUGACCCUGGUCCUGCACCGCGACGCUGGCUCCCUCGGCUUCAACAUCAUCGGGGGACGGCCGUGUGCGGACCACCAGGAUGGCUCGUCCAGUGAAGGAAUCUUCGUGUCCAGGAUCGUGGACAGCGGGCCGGCGGCCAAGGACGGGGGCCUGCAGAUCCACGACCGCAUCGUGGAGGUCAACGGCAAAGACUUAUCCCGAGCGACGCAUGACCAGGCCGUGGAGGCGUUCCGGACGGCCAAGGAGCCGAUCGUGGUGCAGAUCGACCCCAACAGCAUUGCGGCCCAGGACGGGCGCAUCCGAGAAGGCGACCGCAUCAUCCAGAUUAACGGGAUAGAGGUACGGAACCACGAAGAGGCUGUGGCCCUUCUAACCAGUGAAGAAAACAAGAACUUCUCCUUGCUCAUCGCGAGGCCCGAGCUCCAGCUGGACGAGGGCUGGAUGGACGACGACCGCAACGACUUUCUGGACGACCUGCACAUGGACAUGCUGGAGGAGCAGCACCACCAGGCCAUGCAGUUCACCGCCAGCGCGCUGCAGCAGAAGAAGCAUGAGGAAGACGGGGGGACCACGGACACCGCCACCAUCCUGUCCAACCAGCACGAGAAGGACAGCGGCGUGGGCCGCACGGACGAGAGCACGCGCAACGACGAGAGCUCGGAGCAGGAGAACAACGGCGACGAGGCGGCCGCGCUGGCCGGGCAGAGGCCAGGCACGGGCAGCGCGGACGGACGCCGUCACGAGCUCUCCGACAUCACCGAGCUCCCCGAGAAGUCGGACAAGGACAGCUCAAGCGCCUACAACACCGGGGAGAGCUGCCGGAGCACCCCGCUCGCCCUGGACAUGUCCCCCGACAGCUCCUUGAGGAGAGGGGCCGAGGCGACCACAGGGGCCUGCGGGCCAUCGCCAGAGAGUCCACUCUGCAUCACGGAGGAGGCAGACCUGCGUGGGGCCUCCAGGGAUGGCCCCCGGGAGCAGCCCGCCGACGAGGACAGGAGGGAGGUGAGCAUCCUUGAGCUGAGCCACAAGAAGAUGAUGAAGAAGAGGAACAAGAAGAUUCUGGAUAACUGGAUGACGAUCCAGGAGCUCCUGACCCACGGCACCAAGUCCCCAGAUGGCACUAGAGUGUACAAUUCCUUCCUCUCGGUGACUACUGUCUGAGCGUCAUGUAUAUAGACAGCACUACCGUUGUGGUAGAAAACCCUGCCUCGUUCAAUGCGGCAAGUCUCUGUAUGUAAGAUAACAAGGUCGUGUUUAUAGUCCACUCUGCACUUCCGGGGGCAGGGCUCUAUUUUAAGUGGAGAAAAGCCACCCGGGACGAUCUUGGGAGGCAGUAUUGACAACCAGGGCCUUUCUCAAAUAGCAAGGGUACUUUUUUUACUUUGUUACCUUUUACGUAAAGUGUUUAAAUUUCAAAAAGAUCUUUUUAAGCAUACUUUCACAGGAUAAUGUGUUUAAACUAUAUUCAUACGGAAAAAGUUACACGUGCUUUCUUUCCUGCCGAAAAUACAACUACCAUUAUGUAUUUCUAAUGGAUCCCUAUUUUAUAAUGUUACUUUCCUGAACGUGUUUCCUAUGAGUGACCAUUAAUAUAUUAUUUAGGUCAGGGCUUCAGCUCAAAACCACCAAACCGGUUCACGAUUGAAUACACAUAACCAAACCAGCCGUGUUUAAAUGUAUGUUUCAACUGUAAACAUGUUUCUGGUUAAAGUUCCCAAGCGAGCGUAAAGGUGUAAGCAGGAAGCUAAGUCUCGUGCCGCUUUAUGGAAGAUUAGAGCAUGUUUGCAAAUACUGCAGCCGGUGGGGAGACUGUGCGCCCACAGGGGGUCGCGGAUGGAGACGGUGUGUGGACUUUUUAAGUGCUCUCCUCGCAGACCUUUUUCUGUGUAGAUUUAAAGGGACAGGCUCUUUUUACAGGCGAGUUCACAAAGUCAUGAUUACUACUCACAAACAUCAAGGAAAAUGAAGUUGAAAUAAAUUAUUUUCUAUUUGAUAUGUUUUGAA